AUGCUGCAGACGGUCCUCAGUGAGGCCCCGGCGGCCCUCAGUGAGGCCCUUACAGCUCAGAUCUGUGGAGAGGGAAUAAAUACACAUCUGUGCAGUAACCGCGACACUGAGGGACAUCCAAGCAUCUGCGCUGGAGCCGGUCCCCGAGAGGCCGGUCCCCGAGAGGCCGGACCCCGGAGAGGCCGGUCCCCGGAGAGGCCGGUCCCCGGAGAGGCCGGUCCCCGGAGAGGCCGGUCCCCGGAGAGGCCGGUCCCCGGAGAGGCCGAGGCCGGACCCCAGAGGCCGGACCCCAGAGGCCGGACCCCGGAGAGGCCGGACCCCGUAGAGGCCGGACCCCGGAGAGGCCGGACCCCGGAGAGGCCGGACCCCGUAGAGGCCGGACCCCAGAGAGGCCGGACCCCGGAGAGGCCGGACCCAGAUGCCAGUGUUAAAAGCGUCAGGUCUCCCUCCUCCUCCUCCUCACCUCCUCCAGCAGGUCUCCCUCCUCCUCCUCCUCACCUCCUCCAGCAGGUCUCCCUCCUCCUCCUCCUCACCUCCUCCUCCUCCAGCAGAUCUCCCUCCUCCCCCUCCUCACCUCCUCCUCCUCACCUCCUCCAGCAGGUCUCCCUCCUCCUCCUCCUCACCUCCUCCAGCAGGUCUCCCUCCUCACCUCCUCCUCCUCACCUCCUCCAGCAGGUCUCCCUCCUCCCCCUCCUCACCUCCUCCUCCUCACCUCCUCCAGCAGGUCUCCCUCCUCCUCCUCCUCACCUCCUCCAGCAGGUCUCCCUCCUCCUCCUCCUCACCUCCUCCAGCAGGUCUGCCUCCUCCCCCUCCUCACCUCCUCCUCCAGCAGGUCUCCCUCCUCCCCCUCCUCACCUCCUCCUCUAG